AUGCUCGUCAGACCGGACCUCACGGGCCUCGCCAACGACGAGAUCGACGGCUUCGAGCAUGACAUGGACGCCGCCGAGAAGACCUGGGACGAGGUCCGGCUCAUCGAGCCCGCAAGCUUCGCCCUGGCGCUCGUCGCAGCCGACAGAGCCACCGUGGCGCACAAUGCCGCAGAAGCGAGACUCGUCGCCGCACGGUGUGACCCCGCCACCCCGCGUCGUCGCCUCGCCGGUCUCGAGCAAGCCAGCGACGAGGCCGAAGCGGUCAGGGUUAGCGCCGAGCGGGUCCUGAUGCACCAGUACAGCGACCACCUCCUCGCGGUUGGGGACAAGAAGCGCAAGAAGCUGGAGCAGAUCAGCAGGGCAAUCCAGAAGUGGCUCAAGGAGCCGGACAAUGUCACGGAUUGGGCACGCCAAGCGCGCGACCGGGCCCUCAAGAUCCGCCCAAACACCUCUCGCGACGGUGCCGCAGCGUACCUCAACGAGCUCGAGUGCGCCCGCAUCGGCUACGCCCUCGCGCGCUACUUCGAUGCGCUCGCCGACGAAGCCGUCGACGACCUCCAUCUGCGCGCGCGCGCGAGCGCAACCGAGCCGGGGAUGAGGACGGUCGAGCGCGGGUCGGCGCUCGGUGCCAUCGCCGAGCGGCCGGACGAGGACCGGGUCGAGGAGGACGAGGCGAACAGGGCAGAGCGGCGGCGCGUCGAGCGGGAGGCGAGGGACCGCGCGAGGGCCGGGAGGCCGGCGACCGGGAGGAGGCGUCGCGCCGAGGCCAAGAACGAGAGCUGCAGGGUGCAAUGA